GCGUUGCUUCUCCAUCCCUACUCACUGUCUCUUUUGUGCACGUCUCGUCUUUUCCUUCUGUCUCCACACUCCCAUCAACCGCCUUUGCCAUGGCCGACGUGACCGAUCCGAAGAUUAACGAAGCUUAUGAAGAUGUUCGCUCCAACAAAUCGGAUACGAACUGGGUGCUUAUUGACUACGAGUCCGACCGCUCCGAUAAGUUAGUCGUCACAAAAUCAGGCUCCGGUGGUCUCGAGGAGUUGCGCGAGGCUCUUGAUACAAACAAUGCGUCCUACGCUUACGCACGUGUCACCUACUCCAAUGAUAAGGAGUCACAGCGGGAGAAAUUCAUCUUUAUAGUAUGGAUCGGUCCGGGUUGCAAGGUCAUGAGGAAGGCUAAGAUCUCUGUGCACGCGGCAGACGUCAAGACAGUCCUACGCGUAUAUUCUAUUGAAGUUGCCGCUAGGGAGAAGGAUGACCUCAACGAAGAGCCUAUUGUGGUCCGCUUGCGCAAGGCCGGAGGUGCCAGCUACGAUGGUGUUUGA